UAAAUCUUAAUUUAAAAUAUUUUUUGAAGUGAAACUUCUUAUGCGACUUCCAACAAGGUUAAUAUAAACCAUACCUCUUAAUAUAAACCAUAUGUAUUUUAGAGCAUUAUUUUCAUCUCCACAUUGCGAAGUUUAACUUCUUCCGCGCGGAGGGACUCCACGCACAAUUUUUUUUUAAAGUUUCCUUCAAGUAACAACGGCAACUUCUACAACGGAGAAAUAAUAUUAUAACCGACUUCAAAAAAAGGAGGACGUUCUCAAUUUGUUAUAAAGUUGUUCUUUGUAGUUGUUUUGUUUUGGAAUAAAUAAUUUAAACCUUUUUUUCCUCUUGCGGAACUUUUUGAACCUAAUUUGCCUAAAAACAAUUAUGGUAGUGAUUAUAUUUAUGGAUUAGAUGCUUUUUGAAUCUAUCAAAACAAUGUCAACUAUCAAUCAACUAUGUUGGUCAGAACUCAAGUUGACAUACAAAAUUAAUGAAUAUUUAUUUAUAAAAUUAACAUUUACGUCUCAGUACUAAAAUAAUGUUUUGCCUUAACACGACUAAUUAUUUUAAUCCCAGUUAAAAAUGGGACUACAUCAACUUGUAAAUUAUUUCUUGAUUGUUCAUGUAUCACAAGCAGUUCUUAAUUGCUUUGCAUUCGAUUUUGGGGACAGACAUGUUAGAAGGUCACCAUUUCCAGGCUUAAGAGAUAUUCAGCAUUCAUAUUCUAAUACUUACAGCAACACAUCACAUCAACCCUUUUAUUGGAAACUAAAAAAUGAAAACAGUCAAAAUGAUUACAAAGAAAGCAAUUUUCUCUGGCGAAACGCAAAAACUGUUACAAACAUAAAAACCUCCACUGCUCAGUCUAAACGAAGAAGUUAUAUGUCUGUGUUGCCCCGUCACACUUGUCUAUCAACUACUGCUAGUUAUAUAGAAUUCGAUUAUUUAGACGAGGAUCAAUACCAAAAGAAUACCAGUUUGAAAAGGUUACAUAGAGUUGAUACUAAUAUCAGAGGAGCUAUAUUGGAUCAAUUCAAGACAAGGCUACGUUCCACUUUGCGCUCCCCUUCUAAUUCAUUACGUAUUAACGAUCCAUACAAUGCACAGGAAUUGUUACCCAUAUCAAAACCUCCAAAAAUUCUUCAAGAAUCUGCUUUAUUUUCUCAUCACCAAGCUUUCAACAAGUUUAAAAUUAAAAAAGUGGAUAAACUGAAGAAUAACAUCGAAGUAAGUGAUUUAAUUAGCAAUGAAGCAUAUUUGGGUAGAAAGCUUGCUACAGUAAAAGUGUCUCUGAAAGAUUCCCAAAUGCCAACGACAACUGUAAAACUACUGGUACAAUCUACAACAUCCGCAUCAACUACUGUCUUCACAUCUCCUGAUGACAGAGUAAAAUUCUUUGAAAUAUAUGAUACAAAUACCUUACGACCUUCGAACAAAAGAUUAAAAUUAAAUAGCAGCAGUAUGCAUCAAAGUCAGAAAAUGCCAGAAAUUAUAUCAAUAACAGAAAAUUUUACAAAUAAAAGCAACGGAGAGAGUAACAUUCCAAGUAAAUUUUGGCGUCUUGAUAACCCGAUUAAUGCAAGAUUUGAGAGGAAAUAUAAGAAUUUCAGAAAAAGGUCUUUUAAAGUGGAUGGAAAUUUAGAUAUUUUAAACGGAAUUCCUGAAAGUAAUGCUUCGGAAUUACAUGCCAUUCCAAAAACAUACAGUCAUGAACAAACUUUCGUCUUCUCUAAAACAGAACCUUUAACAAGAACUGCCAUGGCGAAAUGGUCCAGCUAUCCUUUUGCAUCUGUUUACGUCUAUAAACCGACGCAGACACAUUGCGAUGCAUCAGGUAUAAGUCCGCACUGGCUGCUAGCUGCCGGAUCCUGCCUGUCGCGACAUAACUUGGAAUACUCGAUCGACGAAAGAUCGGCGUAUGUGACGUACUGCGGAGAGCACUGGCGAUCGCCUGAGCGUAUCGCUUAUGUCAAAAGAAUCGUGGUACAUCCUAAAUUCAACCCAAGGGAUAAAGUUAGAAGACUUCUUUUUAACAUUGGGUUGAUCCAAGUGUCGAAUUCAAUGUCCACAUCUUGUCCUCGUUGGGCACCAAUCGCAAUGAUGUCUCAUCAGUUCUCUGCGAGCUCGGCGGGUACUAUGGCCUCUGCAGUUGGCUGGGGUUUAGACAGAUACGGAUCUAAAUACACGACUGAAAAGUUGCCACACUGGCCGCUUACUGUAUACGAAGCUCUGGUCUAUCACAACACAUGCCCAGGGAGUUCCACGUUUAGCAUGGCGAAACGCCAAGAUGGCAGUGGCGCCAGCAAUGUCUACUGUCUCCUGCUGCCGGUGUACACUGGAGAAGAAAACGAUUCCGUGCACGGCGGACUGUUGCUGGUCGAUGGAAAGCUGAUAGCACUAUAUUUGCAGGAAGAACGUCGUGCCUGGGGCAGUCAGUCAGCGCAGUACACGGGUGUGUGGCGGCUCCUCCCUUGGAUAACAGACGUAGCGUACGAGCAUGACGACGCGGAAAUCACUUUGGACGUAUAGGGAGUUUUUGGAGUAAUAUAUAUAGCUUCCAGCGUCUUCCGCUCUACACCACCCGUGAUGAAGCUUUAAGAUGAAAAAGCUUAGCUUUAUCUCUUGAUUCCUUUUCCCUCCAUUUCCCGCAUUUUAGCACAGCUCCAUUUUAUGUAGUAAUUUACACGAAAAGACAACAUGGUGUUCGGAAAUGGAAUUUGCGAAGUAAUAACGAAUAGCAUGCUUACGCUCGAUUUGUGAAAUAAUUGAGUUUAGCGGAAAAUUCAAAGUUUACGCACAUUUUUCGUUUUUGUGUUAUUUGAUUUAUACGUUUUUUUAUGUUUUUAAACUUCGUUUUGUGUUUUGUAAUUCCUUUAAAUAUUUGAGUUAGGUAUUGUUCUAAGCUUAUUAAAAAAUAAUAAUGGUGCAUUAAAUUUAUACACGUUUCUUAGGUGCGUAUUCAUUUUUGUAUUUUUUCUACAUUCAGCAUUAAAUAAAUAAUCUCAGCCAAAGUU